GUUCCUACUCGGACACUGAAAAUAAAGGAAGCGUUGGAAGGCAAUGACUGAGGUGCUGCGGCGGAUCCAUGGGAUUUUCCUGAAGGUUCUGCUGUUUCCAAGCGCGCUUCGUAACCCUGGGCCACGCCCCGCUGCAUCAGAGGUAUUGACAUGUCACCUGCUGCAGCGCCGGCUCCCGCCGUGGACUUCCUUCUGUGUGCGCUAUAGCGCCGUUUCCAACGACCAGUUCGGACUGUCCAACUUCAACUGGGAGGUGCCGGGUGCCAACUACCACAUCCUUAGGACGGGCUGUUUCCCAUUCAUAAAGUACCACUGCACCAAAGCACCCCCUCAGGACCUGCGUCUGGAGAACACGUUCUUCACUGCACUCAAACUCAUUAACCUGGGUAUCCCCUGUCUGGCGUACGGUGUGGGAUCGUGGCUGAUGGUGGGGGCAUCAGAGACUGUACAGACCAGUGUUGGACCUGUAACAGUUUACUUUCUGUACAAAGAGAGAGAGGGAGCACAGUAUUAACACAGACACACUAUUAUGACCAGAUACCCAUCUCCUGCAUUCCCUCCAUCCUCUGUCUUGAAGUGCAGGUUGUUAAAAGGAGGUUCCGGUGCUGUCUGUGUUACAGUGGAUUCAUGUGGAUGCCCUUAUUUUAGACCAUACCCCUUCAAGACUGUUCACAAUAAACCAUCAAGCAAGCAUUGGUAGCGUUAAGUAUGGCAGAGACAGACCUUUCAGUGUACAACACGCUGAGCUGACUGUCUGGCCCAUGUAUUAAAAAUCAGUGAUGUUAAUUCAGGGAAUCAACAUCCUGACAUGCACUGCUUAAGCUACAGAGUGUUUUGAUAUCCUGAAAUUAUCUGGAGUCCUUACAGCACCACAAAAGGGGAAAAUGCUCAGGCGCAGCCCGUCAUUAAGCAACUACCAUUACCUUAGAUUCUGUAGGAGUGGUUGAUUACAUGUUACCUUACUCUCAUUGAAUUUGCAUUUUGUUACUACAGAAUUAAUUCUGCAAGGGACAUCUCUUAGCAUAUGUUAUACACAAUGAAACAAUAUGGGCAUGUACAGUAAGGUUAUUAAAUGUAUCUUGAAACGGAAUUGUACCGCU